UACUGUGCAUGAAAGCUAACCUCAACCUGUUUACCCUUCAGCGUAGGAAAGUAUAUAGUCGUGAUAUUAAUUAGGUUUACCAGUUAAUAGUUCUUUCUAACUGGUUGUUUCACAUUAUUUACUAAAAUGUCCCGCUCUGUUCGUGCUGAAACAAGAAACCGUGUUAAAGAUGACAUCAAGAGGGUCAUGCAAGCCGUGGAAAAAGUUCGCCAUUGGGAAAAGAAAUGGGUGACGAUUGGUGAAACUACUAUGAAAAUUUAUAAAUGGGUACCAAUUUCGACAAACGAGCAGAAGAAGAAACAUGCGGCGAAACGCGAAAAUAAAGAAAAUGCACUAACACCUAAAAAGAUGCACGACUCUUCAAAUUCUAACUUCGGAAUGGCUGAAGAUUCUAAUACAUGUUUUUCAACUGUAAGUGACUCUCAAGGACCUACAGAAUUCACUUCCACACAUUUGAAUUUCUCAGAAGACUCAAAUUCCCAAAGUAGUGGUACUACAACACCUGCCAAACGAUUAAAAACCGACUGAGGUGUUUGUUACAAAAUUGAAUAUGGCUAAUAUACUGUGAAAAAUGAACUAAAUGAUAUCACAGAGACAGGAAUUAUAUUAACAUCUAAGUGUGUUAGAGGUUGAUGUGUGUAUUAUUUAAUUUAGACAAAUGUGCUGUGAAUUUUUUUAAUGUCUGCAUUUACAACAUGUUACAAUCACAAUUGAAAAGACAUACAUUAUUGAC